CUUCGCGCGCUCCUUCCUCCGCACUAGCUAGUACAAGAAAGUGAGCGUUUGUUUUAAAAAAUUGUUCUCAAUUCUUCCAUUAAGAAGCGCUUUUCGAUGCUUAGAUAUAUAGCCUUUGUUUCUGACUUUCAGUCUUUCCAGCGACUUUGGUAAUUUACGCGRCCUUUGAAAAGUUAUCAGCGACGGUUGACUGCGGUUGUCAGGGACAAUCAACUCCACGCUGCGGUUCACUUGCUUAGCCUUCACCUGUGGCAAAUAAUAUACCAACAGCAAAGAAGGCAUCUGAAGAGGCAAAAUCAUGUUGCAUACCAUGGAGACAUAGAUAAGGAUGACUUUGAGGGAUCAUCAAAGCAACAGAGCAAAAUAUGUUAAUUUUGCCAAUGGAUUUCCUCGCAAAGAAAUGGUCCCAACUGAGGAGCCUUCAUCAAGAGUAAAUCUAAGAGGUGGUUUCUUUAUUGGAUUGCAUGAUGGUGCUACAUCAUGUAUGACCAAAUCCCAGAAAAUCAUUCCACCUCUUGCAAAGAGAAGAGAUAAUGCUGUUGUUUUUAAACCAAGAGCAUCAAGUAGCAGAUAUAAAAACAAAAAAGACCCAUUUAGUGCACAUAAAGGAACUGAGAAACUUGGGUUUUCUCCACAAGCCAUAAAGCAUACCAAGCCAAAAGUAGAGAGAAGUAGUCCAAGAAAUGAAUCAGCAAACUCGGCAUUUAUUAAUAUGAAGUUAGCAAGACUUCCUGUUGGAAGACACACAGACCCUCUGAUCUUAUCUGCAGCAGAAAGUGAUACAGUUGCUAGACCUACAGAAAGCUUCAGCAAGAAUGUGAUUUUAUCAGAUGUUGAGAAACAAAGAACAUURACAGAACUGAUUGGAAUUGAUGAAGUGUAUCAAAGAGUUUGCAAUGGUAACAUGAAUUCUCUGUCCAGUCUUGUUGCACCUGUAAAGUCAAAGAAAAAGUUUAAACAAGUGCAUAGUGGAAGUAGUGGAAAUAGCACCCAGUACAUCCAAACCUCUGCUCCAUUGUAUUUAAAGCAGCCUAAAAACAAAAAUUCUGUGCUAGUUCCCUUGCCAUUCUUCCCUAAUCCAAAACCACCAAAUACAGCACCAGCACGCCUUAAAGAAACCUACACUUAUCCAAGAAUAUAUGCUUCACAACAAGAUAAUAAGCAGAGGUCUGGAGUUGUCUCCUCACUGUCAGGAUGGUCUUCKCCCUCAAUAAUCAAUUUCAACCCAGUAGUAGAUUUACCUGACAUUAAUAAACGACCUGUUUCCAGAGUAUGCCCUCCUACAGGUUCAAUAAUUGGUGUCCAGAAUAAAGCGCAGACAGGAAAAGUWGCAAUUGUAGCAGCACUUGACACCACUUUAACUCCUCCAGCUACUGCUGAAAGUGAAGCAAUCUUAGAUGGAUUUAUUGAGGAUGGUAAUAGAAAUGGUGAAUUCAAUAAAAGUCCAGAUGAAGAUAGUUUGUACUCUGAAGCGGAAGUAUCUAUUUCUGCUGAACUURAUCCAGAAAAUGAAAAYAAUGAUAUCAAUGAACAAYUGCAAAAACKUKCYAGUGAAYCUAAUCAAGGGGAUCAAGCUCUCCCAGAAAAGAAUUGUGAAAAGAUUUCAGAUGAUGCUUYAGCAUCAACAUUUUCUUUUACACUUAAUGUAACAGAUGAAAGUGGGCAGAUUAAUGAUGUGGAGAUUUAUGAUCCCAAUUCACGAGAUUUAGAAAAAGAAGAGAAAGUAAAUAGAGAAGUAGAGGAAGCACAAAAGAAUUAUCAAAGGAAGAAACAUGAACUUSAGUCUUUAUUAGAUGAACAUAACAACUUGGUGCAAGAAGUCAACCAAAAAACCAGUGACUUGCAUGACUAAAUGGAAUUCUCUCCAGAUGUCCUAACAGAUAUCCUAAUAGAUACAGGUAGUUAGUGAGAUAUAGAGAGGUAGUUUAAAACAGCAAUAUAUUUGUUUAUCACAUGACUAGUUAGUCUCAUUUCUUCAUUUACUUGAUUCUUAGAUCCCACCUGUCCUACCUUUCUCUUCUUUUCUUUUUUCUUUUCUCUUUCUUUCCUUUUUGCUAAUGUUUUUCUUCCAUUCUUGAAAAAAUAAUUUCUUAAAAAUAUAUAUUAUACAUAUUUUGCUAUAUCAAAUUUUCUUAAGAUUAUAAAAUCAUGUAAAAAAAGCGAAAGCAAAUUUAUUUUUUAAGAAUAAMUUUUCAUUCCAUGUCAUUUUAACUAAAACAUGAAAACUAGACAGUUCUAAUGGAUAAUUAAUACUUUUUAGUAAU